UUCUUGGCGUCGACAAUGACCAAGAAACUGGGCCGCAAGUUUUCCAUGCUUAUGGGCGGUUGUGUCUUCUGUUGCGGUGCUCUUCUCAAUGCCUUUGCUGUACACCUCGCUAUGCUCAUCAUCGGUCGAAUUUUGUUAGGUAUUGGUGUUGGUUUCGCCACUCAGUCAGUGCCACUGUUUGUAUCGGAGAUGGCUCCACAUAGAUACCGCGGAACCCUCAACGUCUGCUUCCAACUAUUCAUCACAAUCGGCAUUCUGAUUGCCGGUCUGGUCAACUACUUCACCAACAUGAUCAAGGGCGACUUGGGCUGGCGCAUCAGCUUGGGCGGUGCCGCUGUUCCAGCCGUCCUCAUGAUCUUCUCAUCUCUCUGGGUCUCCGAAACCCCAAACUCCCUCAUCGAGAGAGGCCAUUUGGACAAAGCCAAGAAGCAGCUCCAGCGCAUCCGUGGAGUCGCCGACGUCCAAGCCGAGUUCAACGAUCUGGUGGAUGCGAGUGCAGCCUCAAAGGAAGUGGAACACCCAUGGAGAGACCUAUCCAUGAGGAAGUAUAGGCCUCAGCUUUGUUUGGCUAUUUUGAUUCCCAUGUUUCAGCAACUCACUGGGAUCAAUGUGGUUAUGUUCUACGCUCCUGUGCUGUUCAAGACCAUUGGGUUUCAGAGCAAUGCUUCGCUUGCAUCGGCCAUGAUCACCGGUGGUGUGAAUGUUCUUGCCACAUUUAUCUCUGUUUUUGGGACUGAUAGGUGGGGGAGGAAACCCCUGUUUCUAUGGGGAGGUGGCACCAUGAUUGUGUUUCAGAGUGCAGUAGCAGUUCUUAUUGGUACUAAAUUUGGAGUAACAGGAGAUGCUACCGAUUUGGGAACACUAUAUUCAAGCAUCCUAGUAUGUUGUAUCUGCAUUUUCGUCACAGCUUUUGCAUUCUCAUGGGGUCCUCUGGGAUGGUUAGUGCCCAGCGAAAUCUUCCCUCUAGAAAUUCGGUCAUCUGCGCAGAGUAUCGUCGUGGCCGUGAAUAUGUCAUUCACUUUCCUCGUUGCCCAACUCUUCCUUGCUGCUCUUUGUAUGGUCAAGUACGGCUUAUUCAUCAUCUUUGCAGGUUUAGUGCUAAUCAUGAGCCUCUUCGUCAUCUUCUUCGUGCCGGAGACCAACAAUAUACCCAUCGAGGAAAUGUCACAAGUGUGGAGAGGGCACUGGUACUGGAAAAAAUUUGUUGAUGAUGAAAAGGAAAUCGAGAUGAAGAAUGGAAUGCCUUAGAAAGAUAUACAUAGCUAGCUUGCAUUUAUUUUGUAUUCUUUUUUGGGUUUUUAGUUUUUUUUUUUUUUCAUUAAUACUUUAAGUUGUUCAACAAAAAACAAGGUUGUUAGGAUUCUUUUAUAUAAAUUUUACUAGUCUUAUUACAUUUA